AUGUACCGGGAGUGGUUCUAUAACCAGAGAGCUGAAAAGACUCGCAAAAAGAAGUUGGGUCAGAAAUGGAAUGCCCGGUCGGUGAUAGAACAGCAGCACAAGGAGGAGAUCAUUGAAAAGACCGGAGCAAGGCCUGGAUCGGAGGAAUUCAUCAAAAGAUACCAGCCAACCCUCACUGCAGUCAUGGCCAGUCUAUCAAAAGAGCAGCUGAAGGAAGCAAAGCAGACUGCGAUAGAGUGGUCUAGCGAUGGUCCUCCUACAGAGGUCCAGGCCGAGUUUGCAAAGAAGAAAGCACCCGGUAUGAUGAAGGACCUGGCAACUCAGUUAUGGAGGCACGCCGGUAUGAGGAUAUUCAUAUUGUCCGCAUGGAAAACGGAGGAAGGCGAAGUGAGGAUCAAUGGGUGA